GAGGCCGUUUGGAGUAAACACAGGAGUCGGACAAUGGUGCUUAUUAUCACCAAUGGUAUUCCUAAUUGUGGUGAACUGGAUUAUGCGUCAGACAGUGGGAAACGAGAAGACAGGGAUAUCCUGGACCGACGUGAAGAACUUAGAAGACCUGGAUCGUUACGGAUGAUUUAUGUUUGAUGUCACACAAAAUCGAAAACUAACAAGCGAAAACCGACAAACUGGUCGAAGAAGCAGCAAAGACAGUACUCCAGGUGAACAUAGACAAGACGGAGGUUAUGAAAAUAACCAACCAACCAACCAACAACAACAACAACAACAACAGCAACAUCCAGUGCCAAUCACCAUCAACGCGAUGGAUUUGAAAGAGGUUACUUCAUUCACUUUUCUAGGGAGCAUUGUCUCAACUACAGGAGGAACGGACGAGGAUGUCAAAUCGAGAAUCGGGAAGGCGAGAAACACAUUCAUCAACCUGAAACCAAUCUGGAAAUCUUCAUCACUCACCAUCAACAACAAAAUUCGGAUUUUCAAUAUAAACGACGUAAAGUCAGUUCUUCCAUACGGAUCAGAAACUUGAUGGGUCACAAAGAAUAUUUCCAACAGCCUGUUGCAGACCUUUAUCAACAACUGUCUUCGCCCUAUACUGAAGAUCUGAUGGCCACCGGAAAGAAUCACCAACAAGAAACUAUGGGAACAAACAAAACAAGAACCAAUCGCCCAACAA